AUGGAAAGACGAGUAUUUCAUGUAAAAAAUGAUGCUGUUCAAUUGCCUGAUAAAGAGUUUGUUCGACUGUAUAGAGUCAAUAAAAGAAUAGCUGAAAAUGUUAUUUAUAUUGUAUCGGAAUAUAUUAAUAUUAAUGAGCGAAGAUCAGCAUUAGAUGCAACCACACAGGUUGUAACAGCUAUACGCUUUAUGGCAUCAGGAAGCUAUCAAACAGAUAUAGGACUUAAUUUUAAUUCAGUUAUAAGUCAAUCAUCCGUGAGUAGAUGCAUUGCAAAUGUUACGACAGCACUUAAUCAACCAGAAAUAUUAAAUAGAUGGGUUAAAUGUCCUUCAACUUUGAAAGAAGUUAAACGUAUAAGGGAUGGAUUUUGGCAAAACUAUCGAUUCCAAGGAAUUAUAGGAUGCAUAGAUUGUACCCAUGUAGCAAUAAUUGCACCUCCUACACAUCACCCACAAUUUCCAGAAUUUAUAUAUGUAAACAGGAAGGGGUAUCAUUCUAUUAAUGUUCAACUGGCGAUUCUGGAUAUACCUUGA